AUGUCGAGCACCGGCAGCGAAGACGAUGCCGCGUCGACGCUCCAUGAGACGGCUGCGAGCUUGAGCUUGAGCCCUCGCCCACGCCCAAUUACCGUGGCUGUGAAUCCGGUAGCCCUCGUCGUCACAGAAUGUAUUACCGUCACGUCUGCCAUGCGCAAGCAUGCGCGAUGGGCGCAUUCUUCGGUCGCUGCGAUCCUCGGAAGCUCGUCGAACAAGACGCCGACUGUGCAACGGCGGGACCGGACAGGGCAGGGCAUUGUCAGCGCAGGAGAGCAAGAGGAGGCGGUCCCCAGCAGAUGGGGAUUGCGCGGGAAGAAGGGCAAGAGCAUGCAGGACAACCCGCUCAUGUCUGCUUUUGCGCGGCUGAGGAACGACUUGAAGGGCUGCAAAGACAUUAGGACCUUUGACACGCCCUCAAUGCUCCACCCUUUCCUCCAGGUCAUCCGCUCUUCUUCUACCUCGGCGCCCAUCACCUCGCUCGCCCUCAUAGCCAUCACCAAGUUCCUGUCGUACCGCGUCAUCGACCAUGGCUCACCGCGCCUGCCAGAAGCUAUGCAGCAGCUUUCGUCCGCCAUCACACAUUGCCGCUUCGAGGCGAGCGACUCGGCAGCCGACGAGAUUGUGCUGCUCCGCAUCUUGAAGCUCAUGGAAGGCAUGAUUUCUGGCCCUGGUGGAGAAGUGCUCGGCGACGAGAGCGUGUGCGAGAUGAUGGAGACAGGCCUGAGCAUGUGCUGCCAGGCCCGACUCUCAGAAUUGCUCCGCCGAUCUGCAGAGAUUGCCAUGGUUUCCAUGUGCCAGGUCAUAUUCAGAAGGUUGAAGACGCUCGAGAUUGAGUCGCCUGAAGAGCUCGAGGCGCUCGAUGAAGAGCUGGGCGGCCAAGACGAACUAGAUGGCCUGAAGAUGGAUCCCUCUGCCAACGGCACUGGCGAGAAUGCAUCGUCCAAGGUCGAGGCCCCCCAGCAAUCGAGUGGGUCAGAAAAAGGAAACGGUGAUCAAGAGAGCACCGCGAACCCUGCGACCAGCACCCUGGACCUACCUGCGACAGCUGAAGGCGGCGAACAAGAACCCGUUGAGAUCAGGCCGUACUCCCUGCCUUCCAUCAGAGAGCUCUUCCGCGUCUUGGUGGACCUGUUAGAUCCACACGAUAGGCAACACACAGACACUAUGCGUGUCAUGGCGUUACGCAUAGUGGAUGUGGCGCUAGAAGUCGCCGGGCCAUCAAUAGCAAGUCACCCAAGUAUUGCAAACCUGGCAAAAGACACCCUCUGUCGACACAUCUUCCAGCUAGUCCGUUCAGAUAACAUGGCUAUCCUGAACGAGUCCCUGCGCGUCGCCGGCACUCUACUCGCGACAUGUCGGAAUGUCCUCAAAUUACAGCAGGAACUGUACCUCUCCUACCUAGUCGCCUGCCUAUUUCCACGAGUAGAGAUACCCAUAGAACCGGGCAUCGAGCCCUCGUUGUACGAAGGCGUCCCGCAGGCGCCCAGUCUCAUCAAGCAGCCUCCAAAAGAGAACAGCCCCAGUGGCCGGUCCACUCCUGUGCCCGUCAAGGAUCGACAAAAGCUGGGGUUGGAGGGAGGUGCACGAAAACCAGACGCUCGGGAAGCCAUGAUUGAGAAUCUUGGCGGACUUGUGCGCAUACCAUCUUUCAUGGCGGAACUCUUCGUCAACUUCGAUUGCGAGGUCGAUCGUGGCGACGUAUGCAUGGACAUUGUAGGCCUGCUAUCAAGAAAUGCUUUUCCAGACUCUGCAACAUGGAGCACAGUCAAUGUACCGCCACUCUGCUUGGACGCCCUACUUGGAUAUGUCCAGUCGAUAGCAGACCGUCUGGACGACGAGCCUCAAACCGAAGGCUAUCCAAGCGCGGAAGCUCUGCGUGAAAAGCGCGCAAAGAAAAAGGUCAUCAUCCGUGGAGCGACGAAAUUCAAUGAAAAGCCCAAAGCUGGUAUCGCGUUCCUGGCAUCACAAGGUAUCAUUGAGGACCCCGACGACCCGCUGUGCGUUGCAAAGUUUGUCAAAGGCACAACACGAGUUGACAAGAAAGUCCUUGGAGAGUUCAUAUCGAAGAAGGGCAACGAGGAAAUUCUGAACUCCUUCAUCAACUUGUUCGAUUUCACCGGCCAGCGUCUCGACGAGGCACUUCGGCAAUUACUUCAUUCUUUCCGUCUUCCUGGAGAGUCCGCACUCAUUGAGCGCAUCGUAGAGAGGUUUGCCGAGAAGUACAUGGAGAUGGCACAACCGGAAAACAUUGCAAACAAAGAUGCCAUCUAUGUUCUCACCUACGCCGUCAUUAUGUUGAACACUGAUCAGCACAACCCAAACAUGAAGGAUAAGCGAAUGAAGUACGAGGACUUUGCCAAGAAUGUUCGCGGCGUCAACGACGGCAAAGACUUCGAUCCCGAUUACUUGCGAGCUAUGUACGAGUCUAUCAAGACGCGAGAAAUCAUCCUGCCUGAGGAACACAAUGACCGUCAUGCGUACGACUACGCGUGGAAAGAUCUGUUGGUCAAGGUCCAAUCUACUUCGGACCUUGUCAUUUGCGAUACGAACAUUUAUGAUGCGGAUAUGUUCGAGGCGACGUGGAAGCCUAUCAUCGCGACUCUCUCGUAUGUCUUCAUGUCUGCCACAGAUGACGCGGUCUUCUCACGUGUCGUACUGGGCUUCGAUCAAUGCGCUCAGAUAGCAGCGAAGUACGGUCUGAGUGACGCUCUCGACCGCAUCAUCUCGUGCCUGGCCUACAUCAGCACUUUGGCGCCUGAUGUACCUCCGAGCACGUCUCUGAACACCGAAGUCCAGGCCGACAAGAAGAGUGUCAUGGUCAGUGAGACUGCGGUGCGAUUCGGUCGUGAUGGAAGGGCACAGCUUGCGACAGUCGUUCUGUUCCAGGUCAUCAAGGGCAAUGAAGCGUCGAUACGAGAGGGAUGGAAUCAUCUCAUUCGUAUCAUGGUCAAUCUCUUCGUCAACUCUCUAAUACCGCCUUAUUUCUUGUCGUUCCAAAAGACUCUCGCUCUCCCGCCGAUACCUCUCCAGAACCCAGCUCAGAUUAUCGAUCGUCAAGAGCGGCCUGCGGAUACGGGCAUCUUCUCCGCCUUGACAUCAUAUGUGUCGAGCUUCGCGAAUGACGAGCCACCGGAGCCGUCUGAUCAAGAAAUUGAGUACACGUUGUGUACCGUCGAUACCGUCAAGGAAUGCCACUUCGAAGACAUUCUUGCAAAUAUCAGUCAACUACCUGUCGAGGCACUGCGAUCUUUACUGACUUUGCUGCUUGAGCAUAUACCUGAAGAUGGCGAGCCCAGGGUCAUCGUCGUCAAGCCAGAAGUUCCAGGAGCUGCAAAUGCACGACCGAACGGUACGAGGAAAGCUGGCAAGGGCCCAUUGUACGACCCCAGCCUAGUGUUUGUAUUGGAGCUUGCGACCGUCCUUGCGCUUCGCGAUGACGAGACUGUCAGAGAGCUUGCAAAGGAUGUGACGGAUGCCUUGGCUAGUGUUAUUCGAGACACGUCGAAACACCAUCCUGUUGUGGUGUCACGAUCAGUGUACUAUCUCUUGAGUCUUUUGAAGGCUAGCAAUGAUUACGACUUCAUCCGCGCCCCCGUCCUUCUACACACAUUCUCCGGUUUCAACGACUCGCUUCUCAAUGAGUGCUCACAGCCUAUCCUCAAAGGUCUGACAGACUGUUGCAAGGGUCCCAACGCCCUGCGUAGCGAGCUCGCUGGCUCACCUGACUUCUGGUCUAUCCUGAGCCGACUCUCAAGUGUGCCUGAAGCUGCUGGUGACGUCUUUGCGCUCGUCGAGGACCUGACGACUUCGACGCAGCCAGGUAUCACGGCGGAUAACUACGAGUCCGCUAUUGCGAUACUCAACGAGUUCGCGACAGCGGCUCAAGUCGGUGCGAGAGAAGAGCAGCUGUUCGACCAAGCUGCGCGACGUGGCAAGGGACAGAAGCCGAAGAAGCCCGAGAGCAACGAGGUCGUCGUCAGGGGAAGUACAGCAAUGAACAUUGUAUUCCAGCUCAGCGGUCGAGCACCAACUUUCAUCGAGCAGAGUCACCUCGAAACAACAGAGGCAUACUGGUCCCCAAUCCUCAAAACCCUCGCCCACCAAUGUCUCAACCCCUGCCGCGAAAUCCGCCAACAAGCUUUCUCUUCCCUCCAACGCACCCUCCUCUCCGACAACCUCGCCUCCCCCGCACACAAAGAAUGGACUGCGAUAUUCAGCGAAGUCCUCUUCCCGCUCAUCACCCAGCUGCUCAAGCCAGAAGUGUACCAGUCUGAUCCACUGGGUAUGAGCGAGACGCGCGUGCGCGCCGCCACCUUGCUGAGUAAAGUGUUCCUACACUAUCUGGUGCUGCUGGGCGACAUGGAUGGCGGGAAACUGCUAGAGCUGUGGUUGAAGAUUGUGACGAUUAUGGACCGGCUGAUUAAUAGUGGGCAGGGGGAUAAUCUUGAAGAAGCCGUUUCUGAAAACCUCAAAAAUAUGCUCCUCGUCUUGUCCAACGGCGGCUAUCUCGCUCCGCCAGACGAGAAGCCCGAGCAGGAGGAAAUGUGGACGGAGACGUGGAAGCGCGUGAAUCGCUUCUUGCCGAAUUUCUUGGGCGAGUUGUUUCCGGAGGAGGUCGGGAAGCCGAAGAAGAAGGAGAAGGAGGAGGUGCUGCCGGUUCGGGAGAAGGAGGUGGAGAGUGAGAAGGAGGGUGGGGAUGAGAAGGCUGAGGAGGUGGGGGAGAAGGAGGGAUAGGGGAGUGAUGCAAAUUUCGCGUUUGGGAGAAGAGUUUUUAGAGGAGGGAUGUGUAUUAGGUAUUGUGUGUAGAGAUGAAGGAAUUUGGAGCGUUUGAGUCA